AUGCUCUUCGACAAAUUCUCCACUGCCGGCCCGGUUCUCUCGAUUCGUGUCUGCCGUACUGCGAUCACUCGCCGCCCGCUCGGCUACGCCUACGUCAACUUUCAACAACCAGCUGAUGCCGAACGUGCUCUUGACACGAUGAACUUCGACGCACUCAAUGGAAAGCCGAUUCGCAUUAUGUGGCCCAAUCGUGAUCCAUCUACUCGUCGCUCUGGAGCUGGAAAGAUCUUCAUCAAGAAUCUUGACAAGUCCAUUGAUGACAAAGCUGUCUACGAUACGUUCUCGCCUUUCGGAAACAUUCUUUCGUGCAAGGUUGCUCUCGAUGAUGAGGGACAAUCGAAGGGCUAUGGCUUUGUGCAUUUCGAGACCAAGAACGCUGCAACUAGAGCCAUUGAGAAACGUAAGCGCAAAAAUUUCCUCCCUCAUUUUUACUCGAUCGAUGCUAUUUAUUGUCUUAGUGAAGCAAUGAUUUCGUUUUACGCAAUUCUCUUUUACAUUUUCUAUUCGAUUCCACUCUUUGCAUACACUUUGCUGGUCGCCACCUGUAACAAAGCCAGCAACAACAACGACAAGCUGAAGAAUUCUUCAAUUUCAGAAAAGGAACAUGUCGAGGAUGAGGAGAACUCGCAGGAUCGACCAGUUCCCUCGGAAGCGAACUGGAUGCAGAAGCGAAUUCGGAAAAUGAGUAGUGAUAAAUCGGACAACACGGUGAACGCAGCUAACUCAAAGGAAUCGGUGACCGAAAUGAAGACAGCCAAUGAACCAUUGCUCAAAUCAACGUCCGAGCCCCAUACACAGGAAAUUUACGUGCCGAUCGGAGCUGCUACGAGUCGGCCCGAACGCAAGAGCAUCCUCUGCAAGUCGAUUAAAGUCACGAAACAACAGAAAAUCGCUCACAAUGUGUCUUUCAAUGGAAAAGAAAUUGCGGCAUCU